AUGGAGGAAAUCAAGAAGGCUAUACAGGCUGGAAAACCGGCAUCGGAAGUCCAUAAUCGACUGAAAGUCGAUCUUGGGAAACGCCUUGGAUUCGCAACUCUAUUCCGACCCAGUGGGAUACCAUCAUUCUUAGGUCUUGCUCUGAUCAACUAUGACCACUUUGGUACUGAUUCAGAGACAGCGUAUAAUACUGGUCACAAUGCUGCUAUCCAAUACGCUUUGCGUACGGACAGUGACUUGGCUGUGGCAUAUGCUAUGAAUGCCUUUGCAGACCAUUUCCUACAUGACCAUUUUUCUUCCGGUCAUCUACGUGUUCCUCGUCGUCAACUUCAUGGCAGUACUUUAAAUGUUGCAGAUGCUUGUUCCAAGCUUAUGCACGACGAAGAUAGCUGUAUCGGCUUGAAGGUCAGCAAUCAAAAUGGGGAUUCAUGGACAGCAUAUGGUGACUCACGAUUGUUUGAUGACGUGAGUAAGCGGCACCGAGAAAUAUUCAUAAAAGCCCAACAAGCAUCAGUAGAUGAGAUAUUCCAGGCCUGGAGAUAUAAAAUCGUACCACCAACGUUUAAGGCAUGGAAAUAUGCGCCUACUAUCGAAUCCGCCUUGUCGCCUCAUCAACCCCUUGCUCCGUUGUUUGUUAUGUCUACAGGAGAAGACAAGAAACCAGUGCUGCUGAGAAGACGAAAUGUCAGUGACAGGAAAACUAAAGACUAUAUAUCAGACUGGACGUAUACGGGAACUGUGAUAAAGUGUAGAUGGAGUGGACGAUGGAACUACCCAAUGAGCCUCGACGAAUAG